CUGUGGCGUAUCUUUGAGGCGGUGGGGCUGAGUCUUCCAGGUCGCCUGCUGGUGACUGCGAUCCGGGGGAGUGAUGCCUCCGGCUUGCCCACAGAGGAGCUUCUGUCUCUGGGCACAGCUCUGCUGGCUGCCCUCAGCUCCUCACCACCAUCCCUCUACUGCUAGCGCUGCUGGUCGAUGGGCCCAAAUGGAGCCCGCAGAAACAAGCACCAGGCUAGACAAGAGAUGGAACCAGACCAGCCAAGCCAGACUGAACAGUCAUCACAGAGCACGAACACUGCCAGGAGACUGCAGGAGUCAAAGCACCAGCUCAGGAUGCGAAGAGCCCUACAGGCUCUGAGGAAGGUACUGCAGAGAAUGGAGCUCCAACUUCCCAUUCAACAGUCAAACUGGAUGAGGCCUUGGUUACAGACUGUUACCAGGUUCUGAUUACAGUGUGCGCUUUACCCUGGGGCCCAAAUCAGCUCCUGGCCAGGGGUGCUGUCCCAGCUUUAUGUAAAGCCUUGGAGCAGAAACAGAGUCAUGAAAAGGGACUACUCCUCCUGAGCGCCCUCCUCUCAGGAAAAACCUGGAGCCUGGAGUAAGCACCCAGCCGACCUCCAUCUCCUGGCCAGUCUUCCAAGACUUCUGCCAAGCCACUGGCCACACCCAGCUCGAUAUGUGUGUCCUGGUGCCGCAGUUCCUCCCCUUGCCAGGUGGGACACCAAAGGAUACUGACCUAACGCCAACUAUGGUCAGUCUGUGGGCGGCCCUGAGGCCCAUGCUGCAGGCCAAACUGACACCAGGUAAGUUAGGCCCUGUGUUAGUCCUCUCCGCCUGCCUGUUGGACCUGUGCAGCUAGGAGCCUGUGGGGCCACCUAAGUUCUACUGCCUGCUGGUAAACCGGGCCUGUGUAGAGGUGAUGGACUUGGAGGAGCCCCCCGAUACAGAGCUGAGCCCCCAGUUGCAACAGACGCUCACCGCCUGCUACCGCGUCAUGGAGGCGGCCAUGGAGCAGGCCUGCAGCAGUCGCCCAGCAGAGCGAUGCUCAGCCUCAGAGAGCCAUCACUGGGCUCAGUCUGCAGCAGAGCAGGCAGGUCCUCCGGGUUCUGGGGGAGGCCUUCUCGGCAGUCAUCUAUCACCUGCAGCAGUCUACCUUCAGCUCGUCUCUAUCCAUCCUCCUGGUACCCGCUAUAACCUCCUGCUCAAGCCUAAAUCCAAUCUCUGCAACCCGGCCGCCCUUUACAACAGCGUCAUCAUGCUUUGGAAAUCGCGAACGAAGACUGAGCCCUUCUGUCUUCAGGACCGCGCAGACGGACUGACCGGCUCCUCGCCGAGUGGGCGACUGUCCCAACUCUCCUCGCUGAACCAGGCAGCUUACUCCUCGGCUCCCCCGCUUUGCCACACACCGGCCUCUGACUUCCAACCUCCGUACUUCCCCCCUCCAUACCCACAGUCUUCGCUCUCAUACUCCCAGAGCCAGGACUCUGCAUACUCUCACUUAUCGGACCCCUACAACUCCAUCAACUCCAUACAUCAGCAUCAGCAAGCGGCAUGGCACUCGCAGAGGUCGCGGUCGGACGAGGGAGGGCUAUUGUCACAGUCACACCGGGCUUUAAGCCUCGACCACCGUCGGGAGUACCCGGGUGUACCCCGGCUUCUCCACGGACUCGGGGAGGGUGCCGCAGCUCUAGGAGACGGUCCUCUUGGAAUGCAUAUUGGACAUCACGGACUGGAGGACAUGCAGGGAAUGGAGGAGGGAUCAGCCUUGGGCAUCCUGGACCACUCCGUCAUUAAGAAAGUUCCCAUCCCCUCCAAGCUGAACGGCUCGUCCCUGUCGGCUCUCCACCUCAGUAAGGAUGGUCUAGGGAUUGGUUCCGUGUCCAACCCAGGGGAGGUUUUCUGCUCCGUCCCCGGCCGCCUCUCCCUCCUCAGCUCCACCUCCAAGUACAAGGUCACCGUGGGGGAGGUGCAGCGACGGCUGGCCCCGCCCGAGUGCCUGAACGCUUCCCUGUUGGGCGGAGUCCUGCGCAGGGCAAAGUCAAAGAAUGGCGGGCGCUGUCUGAGAGAGCGUCUGGAAAAGAUCGGGCUUAAUCUCCCCGCCGGGCGACGCAAGGCCGCCAACGUCACCCUCCUGACGGCUCUAGUGGAGGGUGAGGCGGUCCACCUGGCCCGUGACUUUGGGUACGUGUGCGAGACGGAGUUCCCUGCCAGAGCGACAGCAGAGUAUCUGUGUAGGCAGAGUGACCCCGAGCAGCUUCCCACACGACGCAGUAUGCUGCUGGCCACCAAGGAUAUCUGCAAGGAGUUUGUGGACCUGAUGUCCCAGGACCGCUCUCCUCUGGGGGCGAGUCGUCCCAACCCCUGUCUGGAGCACGGGGUCCAGAGCAAUCUUACCCACUUCAGCCUGCUUACCCACGGCUUCGGUACCCCUGCUAUCUGCGCCGCCCUCUCCGCCUUCCAGAGCUACCUGGUGGAGGCCAUCAAAAUGCUGGACAAGGACCAGGGGGGUGGCAAGGGCCACCACGAGAAGGAGAUGAAGCACCGCAAAUAAUGAAACGACGUCUUUGGAGGAGAAUGGAGAUUGGAGGUUGACGGACGGACUGAUUUCUCUAUUCCAUCUUCUCGUACCUUUAUGAAGACAAUGACUGAGAUUUCUUUCUGAAAUUCCUGCUAUGGCCCGAUCCCUCACAGGGAAGGGCGUGGUGAUGUUUGUACUGUAUAUGUGUCGGCCACCUCACUCAAAGACGCAUGGACUUUUUCUUCUGAGCUGCUGGUUUUCUAGGCAGUGUCCAUUUCUAACUGCCAAUGACAUUUUCUGGAUGAGUUCUGGUCUUCUGUCCCUGUCUGACUGUCAAGAUGAUACCCCAACCUGCAUUCAUAGGAUCCCCCUCUACUUCCCAAAGAGAUACAACUAUUUAUCUCUAUGUUACUUCCCUUCAAGGUCUGUUUGACUGUCUGGACUUGGACCCGCUUUGAAAACAUCUCGUCACAAGAGAUGAGCCAUAUCCAUUACAACCAACUUUCUCAGUUUUGCUUGUUCCUCAUCUGGACAUUGGAUACCGUCCAACUCCACCCCAUAGGAUGGGCAGUUUGUGUACUACGAUUCUAUGUGGGUGCU